GAAAUUCUUCUUUUAAUGUACAGUACGCCUGAUAUUUUAACGAGAACCCACUCACCGGUUUUUUCCUUUUUAUGCAUGCCGAAAGAGAGGGAUUUGAGCGAAUCUCUAUUAAGUUACAAUUAUGAGACAACCGCACUGCACCUAACAUCUCAUGUACUAGAAAAAUAUAUAUAUAUAUAUUCUUCUGAUCCACCCCAAUUACUUUCAAUAUUCCAAUAG